CACGCUAAUGUUCUCCCGUUUCAACAGACCUUAAGGAAGACAUGCUAUCGCGCCGCAAUAAGGAUGGCCACGCUCCCAGCACCGCACCCACUAGUCAAGGAGAUCAAGGGAGCAUAUGAAUACAGCGAAAAGAGGCAAUUCAAGGGGAGAAAACGCUACCCGUCACCCCUGCAUAGACUAAUGAACGAAUUCCAAACAGAUCCAUCGAAGAUCGAGAAGAUCGAAGCUGUAAGACAUUAUCCCAAGUGGGAACCGGACGUCGACACGAGAAUCGCAGAGACGAAGGAGAGAGCCGUGGAAGAGGACAAAAGCGCGACGGAGGACCUACGAGUGUACUCGGACGGUUCUGCAACAGAAGGGAAGGUCGGGGGAGCGGUGGUCCUAAUGAGGGGAGACGAGGCGGAGCUGAUAGGGAUGAUACUGGCAUUAGAGCUGUUGAGGGAGGAAGGCGUCAAUGAAGGAAGGACAAUGGUACUAGGGGUGGAUAACCAGGCCGCGAUACGCGCGAUGACAACAUUCCAGUCGAGACCAGGCCACUAUCUGGCCGACAUAUUCCACGACGACUUACGC